AUGUCUUCCCCAGUCACUGCGGCCCGCUACGGCAAGGACAAUGUCCGAGUAUACAAGGUCCACCGCGAUGAAAAGACCGGCGUCCAGACGGUCGUGGAGAUGACCGUCUGCGUCCUUUUGGAGGGUGACAUCGAUACCUCCUACACCAAGGCCGACAACAGCGUGAUUGUCGCAACCGACUCCAUCAAGAACACCAUCUACAUCACUGCCAAGCAAAACCCCGUCACUCCUCCCGAGCUCUUUGGUUCCAUUCUUGGAUCCCACUUCAUCACCAAGUACAACCACAUCCACGCCGCCCAUGUCAACAUCAUCACCCACCGUUGGACCCGUAUGACCAUCGACGGCAAGCCGCACCCGCACUCCUUCCUCCGGGAUGGCGAGGAAACCCGCAACGUGCAGGUCGAUGUCGUCGAGGGCAAGGGCGUGGACAUCACUUCGUCUCUGGCCAAGUUGACCGUUCUGAAGAGCACCAACUCGCAGUUCUGGGGCUUCCUGCGCGACGAGUACACCACCCUCCCUGAGACAUGGGACCGUAUUCUCAGCACCGACGUCGACGCCAGCUGGCAGUGGCGCCGCUUCAACGGGCUGGAAGAGGUGCGCGCUACUGUGCCUCAGUUCGAUGCGACCUGGUCGGCGGCCCGGGAUAUCACCCUUAAGACCUUUGCCGAGGACAACUCGGCCAGUGUCCAGAACACUAUGUACAAGAUGGCGGAGCAGAUCUUGGCUCGUCAGCCCUUGCUUGAGACGGUCGAGUACUCUCUGCCUAACAAGCACUACUUUGAAGUUGACUUGAGCUGGCACAAGGGCCUGAAGAACACCGGCAAGGAUGCCGAGGUGUAUGCGCCGCAGACCAACCCGAACGGGCUGAUCAAGUGCACGGUUGGUCGCAACACGAAGGCGAAGCUGUAG